UUCCGUCCCAUAAAUAUUUUACGCCACAAUUUCUAAAUAUUAAAGGACGCUUUGGUUUUUGCUGCAUCUCGACUUUGGCAAUUUUUAAGUCGUGUGGAGCACAAUUCCCAGAAUCCCCCAGGCCACCAUGUCUCAUUGCUAGCUGCUGGGGAAUUGUGGGAGCCCACACAGCUUAUAUUAAAACACUGGCUUGCCUCGCUUCUAAGCAUUUCACUGCUGGAGGCCAGGCUGCUGGCAAAUCGCAAUUCCUUUAUUCAAUUUAGAGCUCUUGCAUCUACAGAGUAAAAUUUUUAUUCUUUUUUAAUCUUAAAAAGCAGGAACGUAGGACUAUUUAAGUGGGGGGGAAACGGGUGAAGCGGAACGAAGGAUCCCAGAGAAAAGUUGCACUCGGAAGCAGAGGACACGAACCCACCGGAACCGUGAGCUCCUGCAAAGCUCCAGCACCGGAUCGAAAGGGUGGGGCGGCUGCUCCUUCUUCACGCCCCACGAGGAGAUCCAGACAGAUAUCUGACUCUCAGUUGCUUCCCCCCCCCUCACCCAUCCACUCAGGAUCUCCCAUGGAAUGGCCGGCCCUCCUUUGACUCUGCCGCUGGAGGGGUCGCCCCCCCCACCUCCCCGAAGGAUGUAACACGCCCUCGGUUUCGGGGGGGUGGCAAGAGAGGGGGGCUGCGGUGGUGGUGGUGUGACACCCCCUCCCUCCCUCCUCUCUCUCUCUCUUUCUCUCUCUCUGCAGUCUGGUGGGAGGGGGUGGGCAUGAUGGCUGCUGCUGCUUCCUAGCCGGGGAAGAUGGAGAAAGCCGUGAGCAACCUCAGCUCCAUCGUGCCGGCUUCGCGGCUCACGCCGGCCUUCCCUCCCGCCGUCAAGUUGGGCCUGACGACGCUGUACACGACGUUGUACGCCUUGCUCUUCUUCUCGGUUUACGCCCAGCUCUGGCUGGUGCUCCUUUACCGUCACAAAAAGUUCAGCUACCAAACCGUCUUCCUCUUCCUCUGCCUCUUCUGGGCCGCCCUGCGCACCACGCUCUUCUCCUUCUACUUCCGGAACACGCUCAAGGCCAACCACCUGCAUCCCUUCUUCUUCUGGCUCUUGUACUGCUGCCCCGUUUGCCUCCAGUUCUUCACCCUGACCCUCAUGAACCUCUAUUUUGCCCAGGUGGUUUUUAAAGCGAAAGCGAAAUAUCGUCCUGAACUGAUCAAAGGCCUGUGAGUAUUUGUUAUUUCUCCAGCGUCUUCAUGGGGUGGAAAAACCCAGUCCUUAACUUAAAACCAUUCACUUCGUGCCCGUUCAGUCACGACGGCAGCUUACAUCCGUUUUUCACACUUUUAACGACGGUUGCGGCAUUCCUCCGUGGUCGUAUGAUCAAAUUCGGGUGCUUGGGCCGCUUGAGAGCAGCGAGAAUUGCAUUUGCACAAGAUUGGAGAAAUGAGAAACAUAAUUCGAAAAAUACUGGAUAGGUGCAGAGAUGGAUAGAUUGACGUUGAGAAUAAAAGAUAAAGGAGAUAAAGAGUAUUAUUCAACAUGGGAUGGGUUUUGUCAGUGGUUAGAUAUCAGAGGUAGAAAUUAGGAGAAAGAUGAUUUGUUUUU